AUGAGGGGGCCACGUCCGCUUGGCGUCGUGAUCAAGCUCGGAACAAGCUCUAUUGUCGACGAGAAGUCCCAUGAGCCCCUCCUCUCUAUCCUGACGUCCAUAGUGGAAACGGCCGUGAAACUGAGGAAAGAUGGGCACAAAGUCAUCAUCGUCUCGUCUGGUGCCAUUGGCGUGGGACUGCGGAGGAUGGAUGUUGAUAAGCGGCCAAAGCAUCUGUCAAAGUUGCAGGCGCUCGCAGCCAUCGGCCAAUGCCGGUUGAUGAGUCUCUGGGACAGCCUAUUCACCCACCUAAACCAGCCCAUCGCUCAGAUUCUCUUGACGAGAAACGAUAUCGCGGAUGCAAGUGACCAAGAAACCCUGGCUCUUAUGUCACGCUAUCUCAAUGCUCAGAGAACCGUUAACGAGUUGCUCGACAUGGGCGUCAUUCCCAUCGUCAACGAGAACGACACGCUGGCAGUGUCGGAAAUCAAGUUUGGCGACAACGACACCCUCUCAGCCAUCACCGCAGCCAUGGUUCACGCCGACCUUCUCUUCCUCAUGACCGACGUCGACUGUUUGUACGACAAGAACCCUCGAACCAAUCCUGGGGCACAACCUAUUGAGGUGGUCGAAGACAUUGGGUCGCUGGUAGCAGACGUCUCAUCAGCCGGCUCCUCCCUCGGCACAGGCGGCAUGAUGACCAAGAUCGUGGCCGCCCGCCUCGCCACAUCCGCCGGAGUGACAACCGUCAUCACACGGUCCUCCAACCCAGGAAACAUCGUCAAGAUUGUCAAGCACAUCCAAGCCAGCCGCUCGCCGCCCUCGCUCGCCACUAAAGCCAACCAAGCCCCCGACACUCCAGAACAACAACAACACCAACAAACCGCCGAAGCCCUCCUCACCUCCUCAGUAACCACCCCAUUGUCAGACUCCGGCCGCAACACCGGGACAUCCACCCCAACCCCGAUCCCCAAAAUCCCUCUCCACACCCGCUUCCUCCCCUCGCCACACCCGGUCCGCGACCGCUACUUCUGGAUCCUGCACGGCCUGCGCCCGCACGGGACGCUGUACAUCGACCAGGGCGCGUACAAGGCGCUCGUCGGCAAGGCCGGGCUGCUGCCCGUGGGCGUGGUUGACGUGGAGGGCGUGUUUGCGCAGCAAGAGGCGGUGCGGCUGUGCGUGGUCGACCGAAGGAAGAAGACUCACGGAGCAGGAGGAGCGGGAGAUGAUGGGGGGAAGUUGUGGGAGGGCGACGCGCGGGAGGUGGGGAGGGCGCUGACGAAUUACUCGAGUAGUGAGAUUGCGAGAAUCAAGGGGAGGCAGAGUGCCGAGGUGGAGGGGAUUCUGGGGUAUGCGGAUAGCGAGUAUGUUGCACAGAGAGAGAGUAUCAGUCUGUUUGCGCCGGUCAGGGAGAGUCGGCCGGCGACGCCGGUGAGGGAGGUGGUGGAUGGGAGGGGAAUUGGCGGGUAUGAAGGUGAGGGGGCGGUGCUGUGA